AUCAUUUCCCUCAAAUAUACAUUAGGUGCUGGUGAUGUGGAAGAAAAUCGUGGCAAGUUUUUUAGUGUAGUCUUCGUUACAAAAAAAAACAGAUGUUUUGGGUUCUUUUUGGGAUUAUCCUGGGAUGUUUCCUUGGAGGAUUUUUGAGAUUGAUAAAAAGAUUGAGGUACUGGAAGGAACGAGGUGUACCCUACAUUGAAGCAAAUUCAAAUUUUACAAAAAAUCCAGUAACAUCUUUCGUGGCUGACUACGUGGAACUUAAGAAAAGAGCAGGAAAGUUUCCUUUUAUUGGAAUCUACGACUAUACAGUACCAAUGGCCAUGAUAACUGAUUUGGAUUUCGCAAAGAAAGUCCUCGUGAAGGAUUUCGCGUAUUUUAAAGAUCGAGUUGAUUAUACAAAUGUCAAGGAAGAUCCUCUAUCGGGAUUACUUAUUUUUAAAAUUGGUGAAGAAUGGAGGAUAUGCAGGAGGAAAUUUGGUACAAUUUUCACGUUAAAAAAUCUCAAAAUGUUCCACACCUCAAUGGUGGAUGCUGCAAUGGAAUUCCACAAACAUAUGGUUGGACAGAUGGAUGGUGAUGUCAAUGCUAGUGACCUUGUUCAUCGACAAACCGUGGAAAUUUGUGGAAGGAUUUCCUUCGGAACGAUUUUCGCAUCAAUAAGGAAUCAAGAGGAAUUUCGUAGCCUCUUGGAUGAAAUUAAAAAAGUUACAUAUAAUAUCUUGAUAUUUUUCUUCGUUGCAACCUGGUUUCCGACCUUGUGUAGACUUUUUAAAAUUAAAGUUGCAAAUGCCACACAUGCAAAACUCUUCACAAAGCAUAUGGAAAAAAGUCUGCAACAGGUAGCGGAAAAUGUCUCACAAGAAGUAACGAUGGCAGGAUUAUUUGUGAAAAAUCAAAAAUCAGGAGAUUUAACAUUCAACGAUACAAUUGGAUUCUUUUAUAGCUUCUACAGUGGUCAGUUUGACGUAAUAAAUAAGACUCUAAUCCAUGCUAUGUACGAACUAGGACUGAAUCAGGAGAUUCAAAAUCGUGCUAGAAAAGAAAUUGCUGAGACACUUAAUAAGUUUGAUGGUGAAUGGAGUUUCGAUGCGUGCAUGGAAAUGAACUAUAUAGAUCAAAUUAUCUAUGAAACCCUCAGAAAGUAUCCUAUUUUGUUCAUCCUGACAAGAAUUUGCAGACAAGACUACGCAGUUGAAGGUACGAGUUUCACCAUUGAAAAAGGAACUCGAAUUGUCAUUCCCGUCUAUAAAAUUCACCAUGACCCGGAUAUCUAUCCUGAUCCAGAGAAAUUUAUCCCUGAGCGAUUCACAAAGGACGCCAUCGAGGGUCGACAUUCCUGCGCAUGGCUCCCUUUUGGGGAUGGUCUAAAGGUUUGCAUUGGCAAGAGAUUUGCAAUAAUGCAAAUUCGAAAUCAGCUAAUGAGCUUCAUUUCUACGUACCGCUUUUGUAUUUCACCCAAAAUGAAGGAACCACUUCAAUUUGACGACUUUGGAUCAGAUCUGCCCACAAAUACUAUGUGGCUUACAUUUGAAAGGAUAUAAUGAAUUUUAUUCAUAUUAGGGAACGAAUGUUAUGCAGGUUUACUCAAGAGCAGAAUCUUGAAAUUGAAAAAGUGAAAAAAUGGAAGAAUUUGAAAGAGAAUAGCCCAAAAAAAACAUUUAAAAGAACCACCUGAUGGUUCCAAAUGAUUUUUUUUUAAAUUAGAGGACAUGGCUGUUAUCAUUUGAAUUUUAAUUUGAAUUUGUCCAAAUCGGUUAAGGACCACCUGAGAUAUGGCUCAAAAAUGUAUUUUUUCACUAUAGCUCACUGAAUGCCUGCUACGACUGAACCGCUUGACCGAUUUAAAAAAAAAUUAUCAGGUGAGAAAUAUAACAUUUUUAACCUGGUAAAUUUUUGAAAAAUUAAAUUUCUUUUUGCUCAAAAAUAAGACAAAAUUUUGUAAAACUAUUUAAAAGAAAAAUUUAUUGUUUAUAUUAAAAUUAUUUUUAUUCCAGUGAUUUGUAAAAUUAACAUGAAAAUAUAUUCCCAAAUUAUUUAAAGACA